GCCGCAGCCGCCGCCGCCGCCGCCGCCGCCGCCUGGCUCGUCGCGGCUCCGCCACAGGGGCAGGUGCGGAGGGGCUCCCGGUCCGGCCGCCGCCGCCGCCCCGCGCCGGGCCCGCGGCUCCCUCUAGCGCCGCCGAGGAGCCGCCGCGGCCGCCCGCGGAGGGCGGAGGAGCGGGGCUGAGCGCCGGAGGCUCGAGCGCCGGCGGGGUAGAGGGACGAGGGCAGAAUCACCAGCACUGGCUGAAGGUACCUUAACAUGGGGAAUCUUCUUAAAGUUUUGACAUGCACAGACCUUGAGCAGGGGCCAAAUUUUUUCCUUGAUUUUGAAAAUGCCCAGCCUACAGAGUCCGAGAAGGAAAUUUAUAAUCAGGUGAAUGUAGUGUUAAAAGAUGCAGAAGGCAUCUUGGAGGACUUGCAGUCAUACAGAGGAGCUGGCCAUGAAAUACGAGAGGCCAUCCAGCAUCCAGCAGAUGAGAAGUUACAAGAGAAGGCAUGGGGUGCGGUUGUCCCACUAGUAGGCAAAUUAAAGAAAUUUUAUGAAUUUUCUCAGAGGUUAGAAGCAGCAUUAAGAGGCCUUCUGGGAGCCUUGACAAGUACCCCAUACUCUCCCACCCAGCACCUAGAGCGAGAGCAGGCUCUCGCUAAGCAGUUCGCAGAAAUCCUUCACUUCACACUCCGGUUUGAUGAACUCAAGAUGACAAAUCCUGCCAUACAGAAUGAUUUCAGCUAUUAUAGAAGAACAUUGAGUCGAAUGCGGAUUAAUAACGUUCCAGCAGAAGGAGAAAAUGAAGUAAACAAUGAGCUGGCAAAUCGAAUGUCUUUGUUUUAUGCCGAGGCAACGCCGAUGCUGAAGACCUUAAGUGAUGCCACAACAAAGUUUGUAUCAGAGAAUAAGAACUUACCCAUAGAAAACACCACGGACUGUCUGAGCACCAUGGCCAGCGUGUGCAGAGUCAUGCUGGAAACGCCGGAAUACAGAAGCAGGUUUACAAACGAAGAGACCGUGUCGUUCUGCUUGAGGGUAAUGGUGGGCGUCAUCAUACUCUAUGACCAUGUACAUCCAGUGGGAGCAUUUGCUAAAACCUCAAAAAUUGAUAUGAAAGGUUGUAUCAAAGUUCUUAAGGACCAGCCUCCUAAUAGUGUAGAAGGUCUUCUCAAUGCUCUCAGGUACACAACAAAACAUUUGAACGAUGAGACUACCUCCAAGCAAAUCAAAUCCAUGCUGCAAUGACACUCCGGAGCGAGCGCCUGCGGUGACCGCGGAUGCAGUUUUUAGUGAUUGCAAUUACUCUCUCAUUUACUCCCGCUUUAUUUCUUUCUCUGUCCCUCUGCCCUCUUUUUUAAUCAUGUUCUUGUUCUUAAGACUUCUUUUCUGUGCCAAAAUCUGUCAAGCUAUACCCUGGAGGGGUUGCCUUUCAGACAGGCCGCCUGAGGCAGCUAAUCAUGCAUCGCAUUGGGGUCUCCACUGAGAGAAAUUCUGUGACUUGAACUAAAUAUUUUUAAAUGUGGAUUUUUUUUGAAAACUAAUAUUUAAUAUUGCUUCUCCUGCAUGGCGAAACUGCCUACUCUGCUAUUUAAAACCCUCAAUGACUUUAUUUUCUACUGCCGCUUUUUCCAUGUGCAGCCAAAUGAAAAUGUUUAAAUUAAUUGUGUUGUACAGAUGGUACCCAACACAAAAACUUUUUUUAAAUUAGUAAGACUGUUGUUUAAAGUUUUAAGUUUGCAUUUUGACCUUUUUGUAAGGAUGUAUGUUGUGUGUUUAACCUUUAUUAACUAACGUUAAAACUGUGAUGUGUGCGUAGAGUAUUACGUAUGCAUGUUCAUGUUUAAAGAAUGGCUGUUGAUAAAAUAAAAGUCAGCUUUCAUUUUUCUAA